AUGAACGUACGAUCAGGAAAAACGAACUUGGUGCCGUCGUCGCUAAAGGAAUGCAUAUUGUGGUCCCUAUAUGGGGACAGGCAUUUCAUCGUUAACUUACUUGAUGAUUUUGCGUCUGCGUCGUAUUCUGUGUGGAUCGGUGGAAACGAUUAUCCAGUUGCCUCUGGGAAAGUUCAGUCGUUUUCUGUCUAUGGGCUGAAUCCCUGCAAGUUUCACACUGUUACCCUGCGUACUGUGUCAGCUUCUAAUAAGACCAGCUCGGAGGCUUGUGGUUGUGGAACCACGGAGGAUGAAG